AUGGCGGGGGAGGGUAUUGGUGCGGCAUUGCCAUUACCGCCACCGCCUGUCACCGCUGCCACUAUUCACUUCCACCAGGAAAUGCUGUUCACUGCUGAGAAGCUGAUUGAUUGGUAUCACAGUUAUACUGCUAUGCAGGAAGAUAACUUGCAGGUUAAAACCAGGUGUGAAAGCCUGAAAAAGAAAUUUGUAGAUAUGCAUAACAGUCAGUCCUCUGAUUCUGAAAGAUGCGACAGUGUAGAACUUGAUGAUAAAAUAAGGAUUCUGAUCAGGAAGAAUGAUACUCCAGAGUCCUGUAAAAAACCAGAGGACAGUUCAUGUGCCUUAAAUCGUAUAUUUACAAAGAACUUAACAGAUACACCACUGCAACAAAAAAUUAUAUCAUUAGAAAAGCAGAAGCAGGAGCUUUUGUCAGUGAACUAUCAAUGGGAUCAACAUUUCAGACAAAUGAAACAGUAUUAUGAAAAAAAGAUCACGGAAAUGAAAGAAAAACUGGAAACUGUGCAGAAGAUUGUUAGGGAUCUUGAACAAGAAAGAUAUAAAACACAGGAAGAGUGCAAAAGACUUGGAGACUUCCUGAGAAGCCAAUUAGCGCAGGAAAUGAAAGACAAGAACACACUGAAGAAAGAGAACAGGUUUUUGAAACAGGAAACUACCCUUACAAGCACAAAGAAUAUACUUUAUAAAUGUGAAAUAAAUCGACUCAACAAGUCCCUUUUGGAUAUCUUGAAACACCAAAAUGCAUCCUCUCAGAGUUCUCAUGUUGAGGCAUUGGAUAGGAAUUGCAACCAAGAAGAAAUGGGAAUGCAAAUCGAACUUCUCAAGGAACAGGUUCAGAUUUAUGAAGAAGACUUCAAAAAGGAAAGAUCCGAUAGAGAGAGACUCAGUGAAGAGAAAGAACUUCUGCAAAAACUUAAUGAGCAAUCGCAGUCCCAGCUGAAGAAAUUAACAUCUCAGAUUAAACACUAUCAGACAGAAAAUGAAUUUCUCCAGAAGCAAGUAAAACAACAGGCCCAAGGUUUCCAAGCACUUACAGAAAAACAUUUCAGCCUGCAGCAGUUGUUGAUUCCUUCUUGUCUUAAUUGUGGGAAUUGUGGCCUCCUUCAGCCAUUCCGUGAACCUCGAAUAACAUUGGGGUCAUGUGGUGCUAACAGAAAACAGCAGCAGCCCCUGUAAGCUGAGACUCUGUCAGCAAAAAGACUCAGAGACCAACAUUUUACAACCAAUUCUGUGAGAAUUUAGUAACGUUAAAAAAUAUGCAAUUCUACCAGCAGUUUAAUUUUAUUUCCAAAUACCAC